CUGCAGCCGCCUGUUGAACGGAGGCAGCGCGCGGAGGUCGGCUCAGUUCCCGGGAAGAGACUGAUGGCGGAGCAGCGGGACUGACGGCGGUCUGCGGAGCAGCCAAGGUGCAUGAUGGGAUCUUUCCGGCGUCCCAGGCCUCGGUUUAUGAGCUCUCCGGUUCUGUCGGACCUCGCUCGGUUCCACGCCAGCUCACCCUCGCUACAGAUCUCCAACACCAGAGUGUGGAACAGUGUCCAAUCAGCUGUGAUCAAGGUGUUCCAGGGUGGAGCUCUGCAGGCCAACGAGCUGUACACGCUUAACGAGAGCAUCAGGUGGCUCCUUAAAACUGAGAUGGGCUCCUUCAUCACAGACUACUUCCAGAACCAGCUGCUGACUCGUGGUCUGUCUGAAGUCCUGGAUCAGGUCCUCCCCCACUCUGUGUCUCCCGUAGGUGAUGAGCAGCUCGUCGUCCUCGCCGACAUGUGGGACAGAUUCUUCACAGAGAUCCUCCCGACCCUGCAGGCCAUCUUCUACCCCGUCCAGGGUCAGGAGCUGACAGUGAGGCAGAUGGCUCUGUUGGCCUUCAGAGACCUGGUGCUGUUGAAGCUCCACCUGGAGGAAACUCUGGGAACUGCAGCCUCCGUCCCUCCUGCUGUCACACAGAUGCUGCUGGUGCUGCAGGGCGUCCAUGAGUCUGGAGGUCCCAGUGUGGAGUAUCACCAGUUGGAGCGUCUGGUGGAGAUCGUCGUGUCUCCGUAUCUUAGCAACGUUCUGCACAACAAAAACCAGUUCCUGUUAGAGUCUCGCCAUCUGCGGCCAUCGGGGUUGUUGCUAGGCGACCAGUCCCAGCCGGAGAUCACCGUCACCGAGCACCACAACUCCUCCGACUCGUCGUCUCUGGCCCCGCUGGUGGAGCAGGAGGGCGAGGCCUACCUGGAGAAGUCGGGCGGCGUGCGGCGCCACACGGUGGCCAACGCGCACUCUGACGUUCGGCUGCUGUCGGCGUCAGGCAGGAUGCAUGCUGGGACGGAGGAGGACAACGGGGUGGGAGGGGGCGAGGGAAGCGUGGAGUUUCUGGUGGCCGGCGGGCCGAUGAGUCCCAGACCGUUCUCCAGCCAACCGGACAUGGUGGAGUCUCCGAGGGGAGGAGUUAUCUGCUAGCCGCUGAGCCUGAUGGACAAUAUGGGACAGGAAAUAACAGGACAGUGUGGGAAUUUCAAAAUAAGACAUAAAAAAGACAAGAUGGGACAAGAUAACAGAGUAUGACAGGAAACAGGAAACAGGACAGUGGAAGUGUUGAUCCGUCCCACAGCUCCCAGCAGGAGGAACAGCUCCGGGUCCGUACUGGAUCUGAACCACUGAAUCUGGUGUUUAUUAAAGCGCUGGUCCUGGUUUGUUGUGGUCCUGGAUCAGGGUUGUUGUGGUCCUGGAUCAGGGUUCUUGUGGUCCUGGAUCAGGGUUGUUGUGGUCCUGGAUCAGGAUUGUUUUGGUCCUGGAUCAGGAAUGUUUUGGUCCUGGAUCAGGGUUGUUGUGGUCCUGGAUCAGGGUUGUUGUGGUCCUGGAUCAGGGUUCUUGUGGUCCUGGAUCAGGGUUGUUGUGGUCCUGGAUCAGGGUUCUUGUGGUCCUGGAUCAGGGUUGUUGUGGUCCUGGAUCAGGGUUGUUGUGGUCCUGGAUCAGGGUUGUUGUGGUCCUGGAUCAGGGUUGUUGUGGUCUUGUGGACUGCAGGUUCUGGUUCUGCUCAGGUCAUGUAGAUACGUUCUGUUUUAGGAUUGUUAACGAAUAAUAAAGAUUAAUUAAACUAAUUCAAACCUUUAAA